AUGCGUUACGUCGCUGCUGUUAUGCUAGCCAACCUGGGUGGGAACCACCACCCCGCAGCGGAGGAUAUAAAGGCUAUUUUGGACUCCGUUGGUAUUGAGUGCGAAGAAGAGCGCGUGAAUAACGUACGUUUUUAAUUAUUAUGAUUUUCGUGUUUAAGUAGUUGCUCGCUCAGCUUAAGGGGAAGAACCCCCACGACUUGAUCGCUGCCGGCAGGGCUAAGUUGUCCACAGUCUCAGUUGCUGCACCAGCUGCUCAUGCUGCUGGCGGAGCUGCCGCACCCAGUGCGCCAGCCGCUGCCAAAGAAGACGGCGGAAAGAAGGAAAAGGCCGAGGAGAAAAAGCCGGAGCCAGAGGAAGAGUCGGACGACGAUAUGGGCUUUAGUCUAUUUGACUAA